GCGGGAUUGCAUUGCACCAUCCUCGGGCGAAAUCACACAACCCCUCCAAGGCCCUGUAAAAUACUUCUGCGCUGCGAUCCAACCCCCCCACGUUUCCCACGUUUCCCAGCGCCGCAAAGACGCCUACGAUCGAGCAAUUGACCAAACAGAGGCGUCGCCGUCACUUGGACCUUGUCGCACACCCGCACCCUUUAACGAAUAACCACGCCUGAGCCAUGACGGCUCACACCGACCAACCCAUCACAACGCCGCCGCGCGCCCCGUCGCCGGUUCAUGGCUUCGGCACGCUCGCCGUGCAUGCGGGGUCGCCGCACGACCCCGCGACGGGCGCCGUGAUCGAGUCGAUCUCGCUGUCGACCACGUUUGCCCAGUCGGCCGUCGGCAAGCCCGUGGGCGAGUUCGAGUACAGCCGCAGCAGCAACCCGAACCGUAACAACUUCGAGAACAUGGUGGCUGCCCUCGAGCAUGCCAAGUAUGCCCUCGCUUUCUCCUCCGGCAGCGCUGCGACGACCGUCAUCUUGCAGUCACUGGCUGCCGGCUCGCACGUCAUUUCCGUCUCGGACGUCUACGGCGGCACGCACCGCUACUUCACCCAGGUCGCCAAGGCCCACGGUGUCAAGGUUACCUUCACGCCCGAGAUCGAGGUCGACAUCCGCGACCACAUUACCGAUUCGACCAAGCUGGUGUGGAUCGAGACCCCCAGCAACCCGACCCUACGCCUCGUCGACAUCCGCGCCGUUGUGACCCAGGCGCACGAGCACGGCAUCAUGGUGGUGGUGGACAACACCUUCCUGAGCCCCUACAUCCAAAACCCACUGGACCACGGCGCCGACAUUGUGAUGCACAGUGUCACCAAGUACAUCAACGGGCACAGCGACGUGGUAAUGGGCGUGGCGGCCUUCAACAGCGACGACCUGCACAAGCGGCUAUCGUUCCUGCAGAACGCCCUGGGCGCGGUUCCGUCGGCGUUCGACUCGUGGUUGGCGCACCGCGGCGCGAAGACGCUGCACCUGAGGGCGCGCGAAGCCACCACCAACGCCACGGCGGUCGCGCACGCGCUCGAGGCGAGCCCCCACGUCAUCGCGGUCAACUACCCGGGGCUCGACUCGCACCCGCACCGGGCCAUCGCCAAGAAGCAGCACCGCAACGCCAUGGGCGGCGGCAUGCUCUCGUUCCGCAUCCGCGGCGGGCACGCGGCGGCCGAGCGCUUCUGCCAGCUGACCAAGAUCUUCACGCUCGCCGAGUCGCUGGGCGGCGUCGAGUCGCUGUGCGAGGUGCCCAGCAGCAUGACCCACGCCGGCAUCCCGCGCGACCAGCGCGAGGCCGUUGGUGUCUUCGACGACCUCGUCCGCAUGAGCUGCGGCGUCGAGGAUGCCGACGAUCUCAAGAAGGACGUACUCCAGGCCCUGGAGCGCGCCGUCGCCGAGACUGAUGGGGUCAAGAACGGGAACGGCGUUGACGGGACGAACGGGUCUAAUGGGUUUUAAGCGAUAGAGAAAAGUUAUGCAGUGUUUUUCUCCCGUUUUCGUUUUUCUUUUGCUAUGGCGGGGUGAUGAACCCGCCGGCGAUAGACGGCAUGGCGCUCCUUUUUCAUUUUUGUGUGUCGGGUUGAGAUUCCGAUUGGAACGGCUUUGCGCACUCAGCAUAUUUGCAUUGUGCAUAGAUAAGG